UCGGCUUCUUCCUGAUGUUGUUCCCUGCUGCUCCCUCCCCCUUCCACGGCUCCUCCUCUGCCGGGCUUCUCGCUCCAACGAUCAGAUCUUCCAACAACAAAAAAAAACAAAAAGAACUUUCCGUGCCCAGGCUUCCUGGAGCUUUUGUGUUAUACGUUAGAACCGAUGAAGAGGAUACGUGUAAGAUAUGAAAUAUAAAGAAACAUGGUACUGAUGACCGAGCAGGAGGACAGACCUCUGACCCCGUUAUCCGUACCGGAGAAACUUUCCAACAGGGACUCCCGAGGGAAUCGGUCGACGUCUGAAGUGGAUCAUGGGGCUGAGUGGAGACCGAGGAGGCACGGAGGGUCACCUGCAGACCUCCAGCUGUGUCUGGACACAGAGACAGACCCCUCGGAGAGCAGGAAGAAACCAGCCAGUGUGAGAUUGAAACCUGUGGAGCAGCUUUCACCUGCGCUGAAUCCAAGUGACUGUGAAACAAAAUUUGAAAGGAAGAAAGCCCAGCCCAGCCAUUUAUCAAAAACAAAUGCCCAGUAUCAUAAGUUAUUCAAGGAGGUCAGCAAAGAUGAGCUCCUCAAGCAAAGCUACACUUGUGCCCUGCAGAAAGACAUUUUAUAUCAGGGCAAGAUGUUCGUCUCUGAUAACUGGGUCUGUUUCCACUCCAAAGUCUUUGGCAGAGAUACCAAGAUUUCAAUCCCAGCGCUGUCUGUGACGUUCAUCAAAAAAACUAAAACUGCGCUAUUAGUGCCAAACGCCCUCGUGAUCGAAACAACAAGUGAUCAGCAUGUGUUUGUGUCCUUCCUCUCUCGAAACACCACCUUUAAACUUCUGAAGUCCAUCUGCGGUCAUUUGGAGGUGGAUAAGACUGGGAGCAGCCCCGUUAUUUCCUCCUGUGAAAACAGCUUCAGUGUGAAAUGCCCAUCGUCGCUCCCCCUGCACUUUUCUGCGGACUUCUCCGCCCUCGACGGGGUUGUGCAACAAAGACGUCAGGAGAUGAUGGAGAGCAGCAGCUCCGGCUCUCAAACUCCAGAUUACGACAAAAUAACUGACUUCAGCGGCCUCCCGGACAAACUUCUAAGUGCAGUGAAGAGCAGAGAGGUUUCAGUCCAUGCAGACAUUCACCUCCAGAGUCCAAGCCAAAAACACGGAGCUGCCCUGAAGAACGGGUCUACAAAGCUCAAAGACAAAUCCUCACAGCCCAUGUCGCUACACGCCAUCCUCCUCAUCUAUUUGUUUCUAGUCACUGUUCUCGUCUUGUCCUCCUGUUACAUGGCUUUCAAGAUCGUGGCUCUUGAGCAUCGUUUGAACUCGUUGGUGUCCGUGAGACAACACAUUCGCAAUGACAACGCAGUGAGCCACAGGCCCCAGGAAGAAUCAAACUCUGAGAUUUAUGGAGAACUGUCUUCCAAUUUGUUCAAGCUAGAAAAGAUUCAAAGAAGCCUUCGGAAGCUACUUGAAGAGACUUAAAAGAAGACUUUUGUCUGUCCGGACAGAAGCUUUACUUUUUUUUAUCAGAAAUGUUGGUCAAUCACUGAAGAUCAGCAGUGAUCAGAUUUGGUAAUAGAUUUGUUGCCAGAGCACGGACAGCUCAUACAGAAAGCUUUUUUAAAACUGUGUGAAUUUAAAUUGUGCAAUAAUAGCUUCUUUCCUCUUUCCACUCAGGACUAUUUUAUUACACUUUCUAAAACAAAAUGUUUUGCUGGAGCUUCAACUUGAGCAGAGUGUUAGUGUUUGUUAGUGUUAGCGAAGAGAAAGUUUAGGCUUAUAUGCAGUAUUUAUCUGAGCGCAUUUACUGAGCAUUUCACAAAAGUGGGAUUUUUUAAAGGUCAUGUUUCAAUGUUUUCCAAACAUUUCUUAAAAGGUCAACUUGUGCUGUUCAUAUGUUUUUUUGCUAGAAUUAAAUUGCAGAUAAAUUAUAUUUAUGUCAUAGAUAUAAAUCACUGAGAUAGGGAUAUUUGUAUAAUAUCUUUUAAUGACAUUUAUAGACAACCUCUUCUUACAGUGUGAUAUAUCUGAAGAUAUAAAUGGGGCUUAUGCGAGUAGAGGUUUGCUAAGUGUUAAGUGUUGUAAGUUUAAAGGUAUUUUAAUUAUAAAUAAGGCCCGAUCUGUAUGUUUAAACAUUUAGUUACAUGUUUAUUUCAUUGGUAUCAUUGAAUAGCUUCUCAACUGAUCACAAUUUAAAAAUGUGUCCACAGAAACUUUGAUUCUUGUUGCUGUCGAGUUUUUGUGUAUUUAAAUACCUGCAGAAAUAGAAAAGAAUGAGCGUGUGCUUUAAACUAUGGUGGUUUGUUACCACAGACUGUGCCUUUAACUAUUGUAUAUAUCACAGUCCUGAAAUAAAUGUCUGUCGUACAGUUUCUGUUGAA